CUGUCUCGAACAUAUGUGACUGCCUUUUCCUGAUCCUUUCUCGUCUUUCAUCAAAAUAGUACACCUGCAUGGUAAUUUAAGAGGCUGUUUCAUCAGAUUCUUUCUAAAAGCUCUAAUCAUUUGACUUUGAAAGCCGUAAUUGCUAGUGGGGUUGCAUCUAAGGGUUUGGCAUCGGCAACAUAAAAACAUUCCUGCUUGACAAAAGCUUAUACCCUCAAUCAGUGAUUAAGUUCAGUACAUUCAAUUAUUUAUAAUUGAGUUAUUCUUUAAUAUACUGAAUAUAUAUCCAUAGCUUCUCUCCUCUCCUAUUUGGGCAGGUACUCCAUUCUAUAUCUUUACUUACACUAAACGAGAAAGAUUCCACACUUUCUUAAGUAGACAACUUCCUCUUUUUUAUAAUGAAUAAUCCUUUCUCUUUGGUACCAGGCGGAAAUGGUGCCUCUGGUGAGCUAUCGCCAGAGGAAAAAUCAAUGCUGCUCCAAUCUAAAAUCGUCACAUUUGUACAAGAAAGCUGUGUUUUUAAAAGUAUCGCUGCUGGUGGUAUGGGUUUUGGUUUGGGUGGUAUUUUUGGUCUUUUCAUGUCCUCUCUUGACAUGCAAAGUAUGGACCCCCAAAUUUACGAAAAGAAAUUUCGUGAACAGUUUCGAAUUCAGUUGAGAGAAAUGGGUACCCGCUCUUACUCAUCUGCAAAAAGUUUUGGUGUCCUUGGUCUCAUAUUUGCUGGUUCCGAAUGCUGCAUCGAAGCUUUCCGUGCUAAAACUGACAUUUACAACCCAACCAUUGCUGGAUUUUUCACUGGUGGUGUCUUAGCUAGAAAGGCUGGUCCGAAAGCUAUGGUGUUAGGUGGUGCUGGUUUCAGUGCCUUUUCCUAUGCAAUUGAAAAAUGGAUGAUGAAUUGGUACGAUUGAUAUUGUCUGUACAGAAUCGUAAACACCCACUUUCUUUGUUUCAAGCUUAAUUCCGUUCUUACCUUAUAUCACUUUUAUUUUUGUUGCACUUUUGGUUAUUCAUGUUUUGUCUCCAAUUCUUCUUUAAUGCCGCUUACUUUUUUGUUUUCUGUCAACACUGCAUAUCCUUUUACAGAUCUUUACGGAAAAGUUCUACCAUGAUAACGCUUCUCGUGUGAAGUUCAUUAAAAAUUUUAUAUAUAAUCUAAGC